CAAACCACGACGAUCACCUGCCUCGGGUACCUCCUUGACAGGCUACAACUCACGCAGCAUUACCCAAUUCGACCAGUUUACCCAUCGCGCCCUGUGAAUACGACACGAAGGGUCGAUUGCAAGCCGCCUUGAACUCCGACCCGCUAGCUUUAUAGAUCACGGCGCAGCAAAGCUCCAACGACGAAGCGCGCGCUGCAGGCUGAAUCACGCUCCAGCUGAGCAGAAACACAUCAAGGCGCGCUUACCAUGGCGUCAACGCCAAUGGAUCUCGACGCGCCCGAGUCGUCGUCGCCCGCGAACGGCACGCCCAUACCCUCAUCCUCACUCAACAUUCAGAGAACACUUGGUGGCGGGCUGCCCAGCACGUCCGCGGUGGUGGAUGUGAUCGCAAAUUACAGGCCGACAAAGCUCUUCAAGCGCGAGACCGCAGACAACAAUACAGGCUCGACACCGCACAUCCUCAGCCUCGACUAUGACGACCCGGGCGAGCUGCUCAUGACCUCGGAGAGCGACGAGACGAUACAGAUCUACAAAGUCAAGGAAGGGCGGCAUGAGAAGAAGCUGCUGAGCAAAAAGUACGGCGUCAAGCUGGCCAAGUUUACGCGCACGAGCUCGAGCAUCAUAUACGCCAGCACGAAACAAAACGACGCCAUCCGCUAUCUGACGACACACGACAACUCGUUUGUGCGGUACUUUGAGGGCCACGAGGCCGCAGUGACCUGCUUGGCCAUGCACCCGGGCAACGACGACUUCAUCUCCUGCAGCAGGGACAACACGGUGCGGCUGUGGAACGCGGGCACAAAGAACGCGACAGGCCUGCUGCACCUGAACACGCCCUACCUGGCGGCCUGGGAUCCCAGCGGGACCGUGUUUGGCGUGGCCAGCCCGGCGAGCGGGACGGUGCUGCUGUACGACCACCGCAACUUUGACAAGGCCCCGUUCGCGCAGUUCGACGUCAUGGAGAGCUGCGGCGUGACGGACCCGGCCUUUACGACGAAAGGGUGGACCAAGCUCGAGUUCGCCAACGACGGCAAGUCGAUACUCAUCGGCACCCGUGGCGGCGGGCACUUUGUGCUCGACUCGUUCGACGGCUCGAUGAAGGCGUAUCUGAAGAAGCCCGAGAGCCGGUCCAAGAGGCUCGCGGCGGGCGAGGAGUACUCUGCCAACGGGGCCUCCUCCUCCGCGCACGAGGGCAACGUCGAGAGCAGCGGCGACUGCUGCUUCACUCCAGACGGCAGGUUUGUGCUCAGCGGGACCAGGAAGGGCGUCGUCAUCUGGGACAUCUCGCAGCAGCCCGAGGACCCCGUCAAGAAGAUCCUCGAGCCCAGAUAUCGGAUGGAGGACUCACGGGCGGCGGCAGUGCUCGCGCACAACCCGCGCUUCAACUUUUUUGCCACUGCGGACCAGGAGCUGGUGUUUUGGGUGCCGGAUCCUCACUUAUAGCGUGGCGUGGAGAAGAAGGGUUAGAGGUUGUGAGAAGAUGUAUAGCAGCUGAUGAAGGCCCGCAAGAUACAGCCUCGGUGCG